GCUGGAAGUUACUGUGCGGCGGCAGUGGCUGAGAAGGCGGCAGUGGUGGCGGCGACGGCGGCGGCUGAGGAGACGGCGGCGGCGACGGCGGGGACGGUGGCAACAGAAGAUGGCCGAUUUUCUGAAAGGAUUGCCCGUCUACAACAAAAGCAAUUUUAGCCGAUUCCAUGCUGACUCCGUGUGCAAAGCUUCGAACCGACGUCCCUCAGUCUACCUGCCCACGAGGGAGUACCCAUCUGAACAAAUCAUCGUGACAGAAAAGACAAAUAUCCUCUUGCGCUACCUACAUCAGCAAUGGGACAAAAAGAACGCUGCCAAGAAGCGAGACCAGGAGCAAGUGGACCUGGAGGGCGAGAGCUCAGCUCCCCCUCGCAAGAUCGCACGGACCGACAGCCAGGACAUGCACGAGGACACUUAA